AUGGCUAGCGUAUUCGGAAGAGCGGUGAGCAGAAGUUCGGUGUUGCUAGUGGGUGCUGCCGCAGCAGCCACUUCUUUGGCUACUAGUAUUGCGUUGAAUAACGAUAAUGGAACAUUUAGCAGUAGAAAUCAUUCUAAUAAAAACAAUAAAAACGGCUGGAGCAAGACUGGUGUGUUGUUAGGUGCUUCACCUGCUCUGCAUCUUGCUAAGGCGCAAGAUGGCAAGUCCUUAGAGGAUUUCCAGAAGGUUUACAAUGCUAUUGCCGAGAAAUUAAGAGAUGAGGAUGAAUUCGAUGGCUAUAUUGGUUACGGUCCUAACCUGGUGCGUCUAUCGUGGCACGUUUCCGGUACUUUCGAUAAGAACGACAACUCCGGUGGUUCUUUUGGAGGUACGUAUCGAUUCAAGAAGGAGGCCGAUGAUCCAGCUAACAAAGGUUUGCAGAAUGCCGCUCACUUCUUGGAGCCAAUUGCCAAGAAAUUCCCAUGGAUUUCCCACGGCGAUCUUUACACUCUUGCUGGCGUCACUGCCCUGCAGGAGAUGCAGGGUCCUAAGAUCCCAUGGAGACCCGGUAGAGUGGAUGCUGAUGAGAAGGACACACCAGAAAACGGUAGGCUUCCCGACGCAUCUCAGGAUGGUAGCUAUGUGAGACAUUACUUUGGCAGAUUCGGAUUUACUGAUCAGGAGAUUGUGGCGUUGCUCGGUGCUCAUUGUUUAGGUAAGACUCACUUGGAAAAUUCGGGAUAUGAGGGUCCUUGGGGUGCGGCCACCAACACGUUCACUAAUGAAUUCUUUGUGAACUUGCUAAACGAGAACUGGAAGCUGGAGAAGAAUGAGGCUGGCAAUAAGCAGUACAAUUCCGAGAAGGGUUACAUGAUGUUGCCAACAGACUACGCUCUGGUGCAGGAUGGUAAAUUCAGGAAAUACGUCGAAAAAUAUGCCAAAGAUCAAGAUGCUUUCUUCGAGGAUUUCAAGAGUGCCUAUGUGAAAUUGCUAGAGAACGGUAUUGACUUCGGCAAGUUGGGUAAGGCCUACGUUUUCAAGACUUUGGAUGAACAAGAUUCUAACUAG